AUGAUGAUCCUCUUUUCAGACUCCAAAUUGCACGACGCCAAAGUCGAAGCUAUCCAUUUCAAGCACAAGAUUGGCAAGCUCAAGAACCUGGUCAACAAGAACCAUCGCCAUGACGAGGAGCACGAAAAAGCCACGGAUCGCAAAAGAACCGCCAUUUGCGAGUCUCAUCGCUUCGAGUCCUACUUCCCCGAGCGCGACAACAAUCGCAUCAAGUGGUAUGUCGACGGUCGCGACUACUUCUGGGCCGUUUCCGUUGGUCUCGAAAAUGCCAAAGAGACCAUUUACAUUGCCGACUGGUGGCUGUCGCCCGAACUGUUUCUGCGCCGCCCUCCCUUUUUCAACCAGGAAUGGCGUCUGGAUCAAACCAUCAAGCGCGCCGCCGAACGUGGCGUCCAAGUCUACGUGAUCGUCUACAAGGAGGUCCAGCAAGCCCUGACCUGCAAUUCCGCCCAUACAAAGCAUGCCUUGCGAGCACUUUGCCCCGAGGGCAAUCCUGGCCACGGCAAUAUCCACGUCCUGCGUCACCCGGACCACAACGUCUUCGAAAACCUUGGAGAUAUGACGUUCUACUGGGCGCACCAUGAGAAGUUCAUUGUGAUUGACUAUCACCUCGCAUUCAUCGGAGGCCUAGAUCUUUGUUAUGGGAGGUGGGACGUCCGUCAGCAUCUCCUGGCGGAUGUCCAUCCCUCGGGUGUCGUCAAUGAAAUCUUCCCGGGACAAGACUUCAAUAAUAACAGAAUCAUGGACUUCCACACAGUGGAGGAUUGGUCCAACAACGAACUCAACAAGACUGACUACGGCAGAAUGCCAUGGCAUGACGUAGCAAUGGCGGUAAUCGGCGAGUCCGUCUUAGACAUUGCCGAGCAUUUUGUACUGAGGUGGAACUUUGUCAAACGAGACAAAUACAAGCGAGACGAGGGAGUCGACUAUCUGUGUAUGACGACUCGAUCUAAGGCAGAUGGCUCGAAUCCGGACGAAGACCUCAUCGCGAUCCAGAGACCAAAGCACCCCGUGGGAAACUAUAUCGAACAUCCUCUCAGCCCACUCGAGGGCAAGGGCCUUGAAAAUGCCGGCACUGUCCAUGCACAGGUGGUUCGCAGCAGCGAUGACUGGAGCAGUGGCAUCCUCCUCGACCACAGCAUCCAAACCGCCUAUGCAGAAGUGAUUGAAAGUGCCCAGCACUACGUCUACAUUGAAAACCAGUUCUUCAUCACUGCCACCGGCGAGCAUCAGUUACCUAUCCACAACCAAGUCGGCCGAGCAAUCGUCAACGCCUGCAUCCGCGCUGCAAAGGAAAACCGUAAGUUCAGGGUCAUUAUCGUCAUCCCUGCCAUCCCAGGUUUUGCGGGCGAUCUUCGCGACGAUGCCGCCAUUGGUACAAGGGCCAUAAUGGAUUAUCAGUACAAGAGCAUCAAUCGUGGUGAACAUUCGAUCUUUGGACAGCUGAAAGCCGCCGGGGUGGAUCCCACGAAGCACAUCUUCGUCUUCAAUCUGCGCGCCUACGACCGCAUCAGUAAGACCCCAGCGCUCAUUCAACAAGAGAAAGAGUCUGGCGUCUCCUAUCAACAGCUCCAGCGCGCCGAAGCAGAGGAGAUCAUGGGCAGCGGCAUCCACGGUUACGAAGGCGAAAAGACCGAGAAGGAAUCCCGCGGCACAGGCGCCCAGGUCAGCGAAGACGAACAACACGCCAUCGUCGACCGCAAGCGCCGGUUCGAGGCUGCGCGCAAGAAACUCGACGUCAAGGACCCCGUCACUUCGGCUGAAUCUAUCGCCGAAGACGCCAUGGCUCGUGGUGGGCUCGUCAGCGAAGAACCGUGGGAAGGCGACGAUCCGGAGGCCGAAAAGGAGAACUUUGUGCAAGAGGAACUCUACAUCCACGCCAAAUUGCUGAUCGCUGACGACAAGACGGUGAUUUGCGGGUCGAGCAACAUCAACGACCGGUCAUUGAUGGGUUCGCACGACUCGGAAUUAUCGAUUGUCAUGACCGACACCAAGAUCCUCGAAUCGACCAUGGACGGCAAGCCCUACCAAGCAGGCUACCACGCCGCCACUCUUCGCCGCCACAUCUGGCGCGAACACUUGGGGAUGAUCGAAGCGCAGUCCGUCGACGCCUCGAACGAUCCCAACGCUCAGCCGCCCACCGUGUGCAUGAACGACGAGUACUCGGGCGAAGAAUGGGAAUUCGUCGCCGACCCUUUAUCAGACCAACUGUGGGAAAAAUGGACCACCCAAGCCACGACGAACACCGACAUUUACCGCUACCUGUUCCGCGCCGAUCCCGACAACCACAUCAAGACGUGGAAGGAUUACGACGACUUUGCGCCGCGCAAGACCGUCAAGCAGGGCCAUUUGCACGAUCCGCACAUGCCAGUCGAGCUGGUCAGGAAGGAAAUGGACAAGAUCAGGGGACAUUUAGUGUGGAUGCCCCUGGAUUUCUUGUGCGAGGAGGAGAUGGCGGAGAGAGGAAUACAAGUCAAUUCUUACACUGAGGUGCGUAUUUUCUUUCUUCUCAAGGCGAUGCGUGUUUUCGACCGUCAGCACUAUGAGAAUAUUGUGGAAGCAUUUUGCUAA